GUAGAUCUCGUUGAAGAUGACAUUCAAAAUAGGUACCGUGUAGCUCAUUUGAUCCAAAAGCUACAUAUUACUUAGAGUUGCAGAUGGCGAUGUUAUGUGUAAACUCUAGAUAGAUUAUUGUUGUCAUUUGUUAUCGAUUUAAUUAGCUAGUCGGUUUAUUGACGGUGAUUUCGUUAACUAGUAAUAGUAGCUGACAUUAGCUUGCAGGCUAAAGCUGGUCUAACGCAGGGUUUUCUGGGUGCACGUUUUGGGUUUUGCCCUAGUUCAUCACAGCUGAUUCAAAUAAUCAAAGAUUGAAGAUGGGUUGGUUAUUUGAAUCAGCUUUGUAGUGCUGGGGUAAAAAAAAAAACUAAACGGUGUCCAGAACAGAGUUUGGGAUACCCUGCUUUAACGAAACGAGGUCAGGGCUACACUGGCUGUCUCACUACGAAAUAACUACGGUCUAUGCUCUGAGAUUACAUUUGAUUAUUUUGCAAUGUUAACUACAUUGACCAAAUUUCAAAGCCGAAGAUGGUUUGUCCAAGAGAUAAGUCAACUAUUUGCACAAGUUUGCGUUAGGCACGAGUUCAUUGGCAGCUUGUUGCUAGGGCUCAAAAGCAACUUGGCAGCACAGAGGAAAACUGGAAUCAUGAAUGUCAGCACGUCCUGUGCAUUGUGCGCCAAACCUCGAAUUUCUAAAAAGAAAGAACUUUCAGAAAAGAAACUGACUCGCCACUUUGUGGACCACCGCAAUGUAAAGCUACUGGCUGGAGCAGGUGGAAAAGGGGCCUGCACCUUCCACAGUGAGCCCCGAAAAGAGUGGGGUGGACCAGAUGGAGGGAAUGGAGGAGAUGGUGGGAACAUAAUCAUCAAAGACCAGCAUGUGAGAGAAAUGGACAAAGAGAGUGAGAAGUGGGCCAGAAUUCUGUGGGACUACCUUUGUCUGCCCCAUUCUCUGGAAAAGAGUGAUGUCAUAAUAGGCCUGGGUUGCCAUGAUGUGCGUGUGGCGGAGAGGUCAGCCGCUCUCUUCCUCGAAGGGUGGGCUCCUUGGCUGCUCUUCACUGGUUACCAAGGCAACCAGACUGCAGGUGUGUGGUCGAGGCCAGAGGCUGACGUGUUCCUGGAUGUGGCUCUGAGGAUGGGAGUGCCCAGGGUGAACAUACUGCUGGAGACAGAGGCCACCAACACUGGAGACAACAUCUGCUUCUCAUACAGGCUCCUCAAGGAGAGAAACAUCCCAGCCAACAGGGUGAUCCUGGUCCAGCAGCCCUUUAUGGAGCGCAGGGUCUCUGCAACAUUCCUGCGCCAGUGGCCUGACCAAGGGGAACAUACGCAUGCCAUCGUUACCUCCCCCCAGAUGGGCAUCUCUGCCUACCCCCAUCCCACUGUGGGCACUGCCACGGACCUCAUCACAUACAUGCUAGGUGUUCUAGAGAGGAUCCGUGACUACCCACAGAAAGGUUUCCAGGUGGAGCAGGAGAUCACACCCAGUGCUCUCUCUGCCUACCACUGGUUUCUGCAGGCUGGCUACAUUCCCAAGUGAAUACACAACACACACACUUGUGCUUAAGUUUCGCCACGGACAUGUUGAUGCUGCUGAUGGUUGGGAAUUUAACGUUAAAUUUCAGUAAAUUCAUAUUUUGUGAAGAUGGUUGUUUCAUUGAUACCGUGACUUGAGGCGUAUGAAAAUGUGCCACAGAACUCAAUUUGUGCUUACCCUUAUUUACAUACCAUAUAGAAUAUACAUUAAAAGACGACCUCAGAAUAUACACCCAAAUAAAACAACUGGACUUAAGCCCAAGUGUUUAAUUGAUAAUAAUCUUAAACAUGACCAUCAUGUAUAACAUCAUUAGACUACUUUUGUCUUGCAAUAUGUAGGUAAGAGAUGGUAUGUUAAAAGAAUGACCUCUUUCUCUCUCAUUCACCAUUAUAGCACUGUUUCAUUGCAGCCAUCACAUUUGUAAAAUCAGAGCUAAAAAGUAAUUGACAUUCAAGUAUUUUACACUCCAUGUUGCUCACUUCCCUGGUCUGUUCUCAGUGCCGAAAUCCUUUUGUUUUCUGCUGGCUGGUAAAACCUGGCCAGUGUACAAUAGAGUAGAAUGUAGCAUGAUAUGUACAACCAGGCUCCCUACGGCACAGCUGUACAUAGCUACUGCCCUGCCAUGUAAGAUCCAUUGGUAAAUUGCAUUUAUUUUCCUUCCAGCACUGAGUUCCAUCUUGGUCAUUGAUCUCCAUAGUCCUGUGUAUUUUAUGCUUUAAAAAAAGUAAGUUUAACAUUGCUUGUUGUUAUCCAGAUUUUCCAAGAGCAGGUUUGCUGUUCUACCUCAUUUUUAAGCAUGAGUGAUCCAGUUCAAUUUAUAAUCCAUGAAAGCAGCCGGUACCUAGCCUGUUAUGCCCAUGCUAACUAGUCAGUCCUUGCAGAGCCUCUUGCCCAAGAGGGAGAGGUGGGCUUAGGAUGUGCUGGGGUAUGGGGUGUUGCAAAUGGAGGCCAGCGUGUUGAACCUGGCGCCCAAGUAGAGUAGCUUUUCCUGGUCGAAGGGGGGUCUCUGAUGGCAAUAGCACCCAGCUGGAGGUCGGUCUCUAGGUCUAGGUGGGGGGCAUAGUCCCCCAGCUCCUCUCCGGGAAUCUGCAGAAUUAACAUCCUCUGGA